AUGGAUGACAUGAUCUUCACCGACAACAAUCCGAAAAUGUUUGAGGAGUUAAAGAAGAACAUGACCAGGGAGUUCGAGAUGAUUAACAUUGGAAAAAUGUUAUACUUUCUUAGAGUAGAAGUAUCGCAAUCAGAGAAAGGAAUCUUCAUCUCUCAGAAGAAGUAUGCAAAGGAGAUCCUCCAGAAGUUUAACAUGAGCAACUGCAAUCCAGUCACGACUCCUGCAGAAGUCAGAGUGAAGCUGAGGCGAGACACACCAGGAAGCUUUAUUGAUCCAACUCUAUACAAGAGUUUAGUCGGGAGCUUGCGCUACCUAACCAUCACCAGGCCUGUCAUAGUAUUCACGGUAGGACUGGUGAGGGCAGAUAUAUGGAGGAGCCAAGGCAAAAGCACUUCAAGGAAGCCAAGAGAAUUCUCAGGUAUGUCCGAGGAAGUAUUGAUCAAGGAUUAUUCUAUACACAGUGUACAUAUUCAAGAUUAG